UUCUUGAAAGAUUGUGAUAUUCAGUGUCCUUUCAACGUCUGUAUGCAUGACUACAACACCUAACAGUGAAAAAAGUUAGAUAUUCCAAUAUGGCUUACGGGCUCGUAAGCUGACAAUCUUAGAACUGGGAGUGUGCAAAAGAUAGCCCACUUUUUAUCCUCCUUUUGCAGAGUGAACAGAACAAUUUUAACAUAUUAAGGGGCUCUCCUGUGAGGAGAGGUGGGAGAGAGAGUUUUACACUGUUCUGAGCCUAAAUUUACUUUUUUGAGUCUCCCAAAGAAAUGUGUAUCUGCUAGCACUAAAGCUGGAGGCUUGAUACUUUUGCUUGUUGUUUUAUAGUCAGGGAAGUUUGGGGGACCAUCUUUUCCUGUCAUUUGCUGCCAUAUUUGCUUAGCCAAUUAACUUUGUUUCUUUAAAUAACUAGCAGGAGUCUAUGUCUCUAGGCCUUCUGUUGUUCAGUUUUAGACCUGUUAUGUGUGUGUGAGAAAGAGAGUGAAUUAUUAUUAACAACAAAUGUAUGUAUGUUUGCACUUUGCAUUCAUAUACUGUGCUUUCCUGCUUGCUUUGGCUUGUGCUACUUUAAUAGAACUUGAUUCAUUUUAUCUUUUGGUGGGUCUUCCUCUUUUCUUUUCACUCUAUUCAUUUUCAACUUUGUUUAGUUCUUCAACUCUGCCCAUCAAGGAUUGGGGUUGGUUGUCAAAGACUUGUUGGGAUAUUAAUUUUGUCUUGCUUUCAGUUAGCCUGGUCUUGUACUUCACUUUUCCUCAUUUUUAAUGAUUUUAACUAAUCUGCUUCAUGUUUCUGAGUUUCUCUCUCCUUUUAUUGAUAAUAUUUUCUUUAAUGGGUCAGUUAUGUCAUUAUGUUAGCAGUCCUUCUAGUUUGAAUUCUCACAUUUACUUUCACUGAACUGGGUUUUCUUUCUAUGUGCCAUUUUUUGAAUUUGUUUGUCCGAAGUGAUCCCUCCAAGUUGAACUUCAGUGUUAAUUAAUUCUGGUACUUGUGCCUAAAUAAUUGAGCAUGUCUUUUGGCUUCUUGAUUUUAGUUACUCUGCCUCUCUGAGUGCAACUUAAUACGAAUUUCCACUUCAGUGCUUUAAGUCGUACCUUUACUUGGUCUCUGUUUAUUGAUCAAACUUAUGCCCUCAUAAUUUAGUGCUAACACAUGACGGCCACAAGUUCAUGAUUGUCUUCCUUACACACCAUUUAUUGCUUCCAUAGCAAUUAAUAUGGAAAUGUACUCCCAUCUUUAUCUUUGGCACUUCAUAUUCAAUAGAGGAUCAAUAUCAGCUUGAUAGUCUCUAGUUUUCCUGACCAAGUUGUUAGUUCUUUUCACUAAAGCUUUGACAAAACCCAACUUGCUAAAGUCCAGAGCAAGGUUCUCAAAAAAAAAAAAAAAAAAAAAAAAAAAAGUCCAGAGCAAAUCUUUUAUAACUUUUUAGCUUCCGGUUCUGUUCAAUAUGGUUUCACAGGACUCACCUCCACAUCCAAGUAACAUGCACCUAUUCACUAUCUCAGACUCUAUCACUGGUCAAAACCAUUUCCAAAACCAAAACCAACAUUUUGAUGCAUAUGGGUCUGCAUUAACUGGAAGUGACACAGUGCUCCAUCAUUCUCUUGGUGUACUUCCCAGCAUUCAAUCUCUUGGGGAAAGAAUGUCUAGAUCAAUAGACCUUGUUCAAGCUUCAACAGUAGCUGAGGAAUCUGAGAUCAACCACACUAGACAUUUCAUGGAUCUUCUAGGAGCAGCAAAUGAGUCCAAUCACCAGGCUCAGAGGCUGUCACUUUCUUUAGGCUCUCAUGUGCUUGUUCCUUCUGGACAAUACAGGCAGAGGUCCUUCAAUUCAGACCUCAUAAGCCCCCCCAGUUACUUAAUGUCCAGAGAAGAAGCACAGGAACCUUGUAAUCCAGGAGUGGAACAUGUAAGCAGUGACUAUUCUUACACAGGAAGUUCAUUUGCUUCAUCUUCGGCCUCAUUAAAUCGUUCUUAUUCAACUUCAUAUGGAACAGAAUCUUUUGCUUCUGUUAUAGGCAAUUCAGUGUAUUUAAAACCAGCUCAGUCCCUUUUGAGAGAAACUGUUAAUGUGGGUGGCAGAGAAGUUAAUUUGAGCAAUGAAAAAUAUGUUGCUAAAUUGUGUCGUGGAGGUAGGGCAGGAGCUCUUGGACUUUCUUCUGAACUAAAAGCAGAAUUGUACAGUAAUGGGCUCUUAUCAGCUGAGAAACAUGAACUUCAAGUUAAGAUUGCAAAGCUUAUUGCUUUGUUGGAGGAGGUUGAAGACACAUAUGAGAAAUAUUAUCAUCAAAUGGAAGAAGUGGUGUCAUCAUUUGAGUUGAUAGCAGGUGUAGGAGCUGCCAAGUCUUACACUGCACUAGGACUUCAGGCCAUGUCUAGGCAUUUCUGCAGCUUAAGAGAUGCCAUAGUUUCCCAAAUAAACAUCAGGAAGAGGAAAUUCUUGCAGGAUUUACCGCGAAUCAGCACCGGAUUAUCACAGCUUAACUUGUUUGAUACAGAGACUAGACAAACUAGAAUGACCCUUCAACAGCUUAGCAUGAUGCAAAGCCAAAGGCAAGCAUGGAGACCGAUUAGAGGGUUGCCAGAGACUUCUGUGGCAAUCCUGCGCUCUUGGCUUUUUGAACACUUUCUCCACCCGUAUCCAAAUGAAACUGAAAAGCUAAUGUUGGCAUCUCAGACAGGCCUGACCAAGAACCAAGUUUCAAAUUGGUUCAUAAAUGCUCGGGUUCGGCUGUGGAAACCUAUGAUUGAAGAAAUGUACAAAGAAGAGUUUGGGGAGUCCUCAGAAGACUUGAACCAAUUAACUAGCAAUUCAAUGACAAGGGAAGAUGUCUCAGAUCCUGCAGAGGAUUGAAGGGGUAGGAAAAAUCAACUUAGGAUAGCAAUUAAUGCAAACUCUUGUAAAGUGAGCCAAGAAUGAAUGACCUCUAGUAAGUGCUCAUUUUUGCAUAUAUAGAUUAAAGACCUUCGGAAUGUGGUUGAACUAACCAGGGUCAAAUUUGUUCAAGAACACCAACUGUGUUAGUUUCUAAAGCCUGUUAGUAUUUACACCCCCCACCCCCCCCC